ACUUGACUCUUGAUAUAUUGUUACAAUAGCAAUUGAAAAAUAUUAAAAAUACAUAAGCACGAUUUUUUUUUUAUAAACUCUUAAUGUGAUUGUAUGAACUACUUCUAAAUAAAAUACUGGCAUGAAAUUUUCUAUGCUGGAGUAAUUGCCAAACGUUUAAAUUGAAUGCGCACAAAAUAAUCUAGAUGGAUAAAUUAACAGCGGAAAAAUUCUAUAGAGAUAAUUUUUUUGAGACCACAAAACCUUAAAUCGUGCGUAUAGUAGUAAUAAUAAUUAAAUAUCUAAGUAGUACAAUGUGGCAGGUAGUAAGCAGUGGUGUACUGGUGUCACCCCGGCUGCAACGGCAGGUGGUAGCGGCGGACCAAUGAGAAACAUGGAAAUACUAUUACCUACGUCACAUUACAGGGUGGAUACGCGAUGUGUUUCAAGACCGAAAUAUUGUUGACACAGUGACACGAAAAAGUAUAAUAUACCUACCGAAGACUACCAAGAGUGUGGUGUACGUAAAAUUAAUGGGAAAAAAACAUACACAUUACUUGGAGUUCAUACUUACCAUUUUGGAUCGUUGUCGUCGUUUAAAAUUUCGAACCCAUCACAAGUCUGAAAAUCAUUGACCAUUCACCGAUGCAUAAAAUAUAUGAUUUGCAGUCGGUCGUCGUGAAAAAACCGAAUAUCCAUGGAUGAAUUUGCCGUGGUCUAAUGCAUUGAGUAAAUAAUAUUGGUCUAAUGUUGAUAGACGAAAAUGUACGAAAUGUAUGUCUAUGUCUCAAAGUUAAAAUCAGAUUUUUCGUUAGCGUUUCUAUACUCAGUACAAUAUUAUUAGAUUAUUUAUUAACUGGUGUGGCGGUGUUUGGAAUUAUCGCUUCAUUUUUUCACCUAUUCUUCUAUCUUAUCGUUGAAGAAUAAAAAAAAAUUGUAUCGUUAACGGUCGCUUCCGUGCAUUACCUGUAGUUUGAAAUAACAUGUUAAGAAUAGGACAGACAGUGGCGGAUGUUAGCCUAAAGACGACCGCUGGUGACUUAAGCGUACACGAGUAUUUCGGAGGCAGCUGGGGUUUAUUAGUAUGCUAUGUAGCCGAUUUUUCUGCUGUAUGUACUGAUGAGCUGAGUCGAUUGGUGAAAGACUUUCAUGAGUUUCAAUCUCGAGGUAUAAAAAUAUUGGCUAUGUCUUGUGAUUCCAUUAAUUCUCACACUAAAUGGAUAGAGGAUAUAAAAAAAGUGAGUGGAAUGAAAUUUGACGAAGAAUUUCCAUUUCCAAUUGUGUCAGAUCGUAAUCGUAUGAUUUCCUUGUACCUGAACGUAUUAGAUGCAAAAUGCAUCGAUGACGACGGCAUACCUUUACCUUGUAGAGCAGCAUUUGUUUUAGCACCUGACAUGACCAUUCAACUCAUACAUUUUUAUCCUGAAAACAUUGGACGUAACUUUGAUGAAAUUUUUAGAACCAUUGAUGCAUUACAGCUGACAUUUAAAUUCAGCAACGACUUAUUUACUCCUUGCGGAUGGAAACCUGUCACGGAUUGCUUGGUAUCGCCAAAAAUAACUAAAGAUGAAAUUGAAAAAAAAUUCCCUACCUCCACAGUUGUUGAAUUGCCAUCGGGAAAAGAUUAUAUGCGUAUCGUUCCAAAAAUGGAGGUUAAUAGAAAACACUAAAAAUAAAGAAUAAUGCAUUUCAACAUUUUGAAGUUAUACCGGUUCUGAAGUAAAUAAUUAUUCUAUAGAAUUUAUCUGACUUAUUUUUAUUAAAAAUGUACUCAUUAUCAAA